AUGAUUGCAGUGUUCAUAUCGCCAAUAGGCUUAUUUUAUCUAUUCUUGUGUCUAUCUGUCACAACAACUGGCGCCACUGACGAAGCCCUGUAUCCGGAUCUCGUCAGAUCGCUCAAAACCAGUCCAACGGAGCUUGAUAAGCUCAACAUCCUCCCGGAAGACAAGGAUUGGAUCUUUGAUUACUUUACCCACGAAUACCAUACCAACAACCCCGGUGGGGUGGUCAACGCCAAUGCUGCGACAUUUCCAGCUACCAUCGGUAACGGCAUGACGAUGGCUUGGAUCAGUCUGGGUCCCUGCGCCAUGCUGCCGCCGCACUACCAUGCUCGUGCUUCCAACUACGUCGUAUCAAUCGAAGGCACUACCGAGACAUACAUGACGCUGGAGAAUGGUGCUCGCGUCGUCAAGACAACCCUGCCACAGGGGAUGAUGACCUUAUUCCCGCAAGGAAGCCUACAUACGAUGGCAAACACUGGCUGCGGGAACGCGACCCUGAUUUCGGCGCUGAGUUCCGAAGACGCCGGCACACAUAAUGUCGCCAAUGGCCUUUUCAAUCUUCCAUCUAGCGUUGUCGCAGCAGCGUUUGGGGGUAGUCCACUCUCUGCCAAGUUUGCCCGCCUCAAACGUGAUAUCCCGGGGGUCGGAACCGGUGCCUCAGUCGGUUCGGCGGAGUGCAUAAAACGAUGUGAAGAUGGGAGCCCCAAGUAG